GCGCAGACGGGUUCGCAGACGACAGGGCGUGAAGCAGACGACGGGAAGGGGUGAGGAGCAGCGCGGCCGUCUGGUCCGUCUGGCUCGCGGUUGGUUGUUGGCUGGACAACGGCUGGUGGUGACGACGGCAGCUGGUGAUUUGUUGCGUGCAGUGGGCUGGUGUCGUUUGUUUGGGCACUUCGUGGUCAAGCUUUUGAAAACCGCAUCUGGCACAGGUAGAGCCGGACGCUACGCGCAGUCCGUUGUUAUCUAACGGCGUCGGCAGCGAGAUUCUUUAUUGGAGUGGCUCGGCUUUCGACGGGAGAGCUGCUGCUCAACGGAGACUGCUCGUUCGCAGGUUUGAAUUUCGAAGGGAGACGACGUUCCAUUCGUUGCUAACGGGGUUCGGCGCGAAACAAGCCGCCGACAGAAAAUCGGCAAGCGGAGGAUCCCACCAGCCACCAUAGGAAAAAGCGGAAGACGCCUACAAGUGGGGGAAGCCGGACAACGGUGCCGAAGACGGACCGCUGCGGUAACUGCUACACUGCGGACGUAUAGCAGACGACGCAGCUGGAGCAGACGACGCGGAGGCGCCUACUGUUUGAAACGAAGGAACAAAAAAACAAAAAAGCAUUUAAAGAUGGCGGAAGCAGUACCUCUGUAACGGAACGCCUCGCUUCGAUUGUGUUUUCGGCGACGCAGAAAGAAACGACGAUCAGCGUUCACCGGCGACUGAAUCGAGAGUUGAAAAAUAUGCUACAGGAGACGAAGCGGAGCCUGAAGUAGGUGUGACCAAUUUGGCAGCGCCGAAAACGAUAUUCCGUGGACGUGUAAUUCGGCGCCCGUGUGUCGUCGCUUUUUAUGUAUCUCGCGAACGGUGUGGAGAAGGAGCGCUUGACAACUGUCGGUCACGUAUCGGGAACCAGCGCCAUUUGUUUAGAACGGCCAACGCGUACGGUAAAGUGAACAAAACAAAAAAUAUUGGGAGAACAAGCACCGCUGUCGAACUGACACUCUUACCUUACCUUUGUUUCCCUCGCGAACUGUUUUGAGAACAGUGUUGUGUGCUUAUUGAGGUCACAGUCGGACAAUUUUUCGAAAAAAAUCUCUCGAAGACGUCUUGAUGCCGGCCGGAUUCAUGAUGGAUAUAUCCCGCCAUUCCUCAUCGAGCGAGCUCGGAGGACAGCUCAUGUCGCAGGGCGAGCAGGAACUGGCCACUAAGAUGCUCCAGAUCCAGUCCAAGAGGUUCUACCUGGACGUCAAGCAGAACCGGCGGGGCCGCUUUAUCAAGGUGGCCGAGGUGCAACAGGUUGGGGUAGUGGGUAGGAAAAGUCGCCUCCUCCUCGCCAUGUCAACAGCCGCUGAGUUCAGGGACCACCUGACAUCCUUCAGCGAACUGUACGCCUCCCUGGGUCCCCCAAAUCCAGAGAACCUGCCUGAGGAUGGCAAGUUGAAAAGUGAGAUUAUGAUUAAGGACAAUAGGCGCUACUACCUGGACCUCAAGGAAAACUCCAGGGGGCGGUUUCUAAGGGUGUCCCAGACGAUAGCACGAGGUGGUCCUAGGUCCCAGAUUGCCAUUCCCGCACAGGGUAUGAUCGAGUUCCGCGACGCGCUCACAGAUUUACUAGAAGAGUUUGGCACAGACGACGGAGCUUUCAAAGGAGAACUACCCGAAGGGCGCCACAUGCGUGUAGAAAACAAGACGUUUUAUUUCGACAUUGGGCAGAAUACCCGAGGCAUCUACAUGCGCAUCUCCGAGGUGAAGAACAACUUCCGGGCGGCCAUCACCAUUCCAGAGAAGUCGUGGUCGCGCUUUAGGGACUCCUUCUCGGACUACGUUGAGAAGAUGAAGGAGCUGACGGAGAAGUCGGCCGCCGAGGGUGGCAAGUGAGAGCCGUCGCCCGACCGCCCGCCCAGGCAGCCACCGCCCACCCUUCGCUCUGGCGGCGCCCCAGGGUCAUCCGGUGUGGCGACGACACCGUCGCGCUCCCCGACAUGCCGCACCGCCCUAGAGCCGCCCCACGGUCUUUCAGCAUCGGCACACCGACGACCAACCGACCGGCCGACCAGGAAGGAGGAGGAGGAGGGCGAGCGCGACUGCUGCGACUUCUCUCCGCGAUGGGGCGCGACCGCAGAGCCACGCGGCGGUCCCGUCCUUGGUGCGGCCUCUCAACGUUCCUUCUUAGUGCGCCCCGUGGUGGACAGCUGCGAGGACUUUUGACAAAAAGAUGCCGGUGAUAAAAAAAAAGGGAGAAGAGCUUGGAAGACUUAGGCGACAAGAACUUUUUUUUGAGAAGACAGAAAGCGGGGAGGGGUGGAUGAGAGAGGAGACUGGUGGUGGUUGCAUGGAGGAAGACUGUGGUUGACGGUGACCAGUUGGCAUCAUCCCGGGCUGGUCCGUGUGUGCGUGUGUGUGUAGUUUGAGAGGCCAGUCCGCAUUACCAAAAGGCCCCCGUCGGCGUUGCCGAACGGUCCCGCCUGCAUCGGCGAGGGCCGUCCGGCCGUUCCCGGAGGCCGUUCGAUGUUGUCGUGCGUCGGGCACCGGCGUCUGGCGGCCCGCGUCGUCGAGGGCUACCGGGCACCCGCAGACGACAGCCGGCAUCGUCACAAAAGGCCACACGGUGCCGCCUGAAGUCCGGCAAGCUUUGACGACUGUCGGUCCGCAAGCCGGCCCUUCAGUUCUCGCCGUCGUCGUCGAAUGCCACCGACGAUGUGAGAAAAAGAAAAAUUGCGUCUUAGCUCGCCGUUUUUUUUUUUCAUUAUUUUUAGUGUUGUCAUGUUUCUAAAACAGUCAUCAUCUUUUGUUUUGUACCUUCUUUUUUGUUUCUCACUGUUCCCCCUUGCCAAUGCUUCCUGCGCGAACUGCGUCCUGACGAGCGCCUAAAAGAGUGAUAGCGUGUUCCUGCUGUCCGCAGUGAGUGAGUGCUGCGCAGCUGACGUCCCGGUGAUGUUGUGCUGCUGCGCGGUCUCACGCCUGCAGAGGCGACGCUCGGACGAAGCACGGCCGGGAGAAUGUGAGUGAGUGAGUUUAGAUGGUGAGGAGAGAUGCCUGGCUUUGGGAGCAUUGGCAAGUCAGGGUUUGCAAUGACUCCGAGUGAGAGAGAGAGAGAGGGAGAUAAGUGUGGAGAAUCGAAGGUUUUAAGAGUGUGGAAUAUUCGGUGGCUUGUCACGGCUCCAGGGCUUACCACCUUUCGUGCAAAGUCGUCGGUGUUGCGUCCAGAACUGUCGAGGUCCUUUUCUUGACGGCCAUUGCUUGUCAAGAGGCCUUGGUCAGGGCGCGUAUUCUGUGAUCCUGCGCUGGCCGCACGUUGCGGCAUUUGUGACACAGGGCAGCGUUCAUCGACGCGCUUGUGCUGAAGACCCUGUGUGUAGCGUCGAAAAGUGAUGGCAGGACGUUGGAAAAAUUAAGCGUACAACGUCAGCUUAUUUACUAUGCCCGCAGCUUUAAGCAGCAUGACAUUACAUGGAUAUGAAGGCCACGUGAAGUAAAAAAUUAUAACAAUAUGUAUCGCUAAGCUAAAAGGACGCAUUGCAAGGUUCAGAAUGUGGCUAGAGAAAAAUACAAUAACUCUACAAAAUAACUCCCAUCAAAGAUCAGUAUGGAGAAUUUAUCUGAAGCAGUGUUCCAAGUCAUUUAAAAGCACGAAUGAUGUAUGCAUCGAGGUUGGAGAAUUAUAAAUUACGCAGACAAUACGAAAAAUCAUCCCGGCUUAUGCGCGGGAGUCGCGUAGGAUACUUUGUAUCACUUUAUUGUGCUAGGUGUUCAUAUUAGGCAGCCUAGAAGUGAUGUGCGAAAUUAUCUACCCUUUUGAAAGAGACACUCUUUGAAAUAUCAGGAGACAGUGCAUAGGAUACAAACAGAUCCCUAAUUUGUGCAGCCGUGGCUCUCGUAUCCAUAUUGAGAAGUUCCAUAUGCGUUCCGACAAUUCCCUAUGUUGUCCAUUAGGUUAUGGAAAUUUAAUGGAAUUCAUGCGGAAUCCUCAUGUGCUCCUUAAAAUUGUGUGGAUAUCAUACGGACUUGUCGGAAUGGCAUAUGGAAUGCUUCAGUGGGGGUUUCCAACCUUGAAAUUUUACAACCUCAGGGUCACUGCUGCACAUUUAGUGACAUCUUUGAAGCGCUCAGAGGGUCGGCAGAUGAGUGUUCGAGAAUCGCUGCUCGAGGGUAGCCACUUAGUCUUGAACGAUCCUGAAAUGUGUACUGCACAUACACACACUGAGGCCCUUAAAGAAGUACGGACACGCAUUUUGAAAGUUCUAGCGACUCUGCACGCUUGUCGCCUUUGAAACGCACUUGGGAGCUAAGGUUAGAAAACACUCUUCACGUCUUAAUUUUAAAACUAGAGUUGGCCUCAAAGCGAUGUCGACGCAACCACGACAUCGUGAUGUCAAGGAAAGCUUGACGACAUCAUGCAGCAAUAAUUACUAGGCAUGAUGACAUCACUCGUUAAGAAUUUUGGAAGGGGGUGCUGCACGUGCUGCUUUCAGCUGCGCGUGCUCACAAGGUGACGGUGUCACAGUUUUGUCACAACGUGACAGUGCCGUGACUUAUUCGAAUCGUCUGUGCCGGAACCGGUUUGUAGAAGCGAGCAUGACGGGGCAUUAGUGGGGCCGAUUUAAACUGCGACAUUCCGGACGACCUGCUUCGCUUUAUGUCGAGAGAUGACCAUUUGAAGAUGUCGUGUCGGUACUUCUGUGAGCCCUGGAGUCGUACGAGCCACCGAGAAAAUGUGCCAGUCAAUUUUGCCCGGUGAUACCCGAGAGUGAGAGGUGUGCGAGAGAGAGUUAGGUGUGUAGGUCAAGUUUUUUCAAAGGAAGGCACGGCGGCCAGGCAUCACAGCCCCUUCGUUGGCACGCGCAAGAUGGUGGUUCUGGCGCAAGGCAGUGUCUCUUUCAACGUUCUCAAGCCCGGAGCGUCCUCUAGUCGAAGCACUUCAGUGAUUGCGGUGCACUUCUGUGCCCCAGUAAUCGGCUAUGUAUUCACCAACUUUCUCAAGUAUCACUUGACAGCUCAAUGAUAUGUGCUAAAACGAAGUUGUCAUUCGGAAUUGAGGUCACUAGCGACGUGGGUGCUUGAACGAGCUCUUGAAAUGAUUAAGCAAUUAGGAAUCAUCGUGCAGUGUUUGUUUUUCUUUUCCUGUUUCUCACGAUAAGCAUGUCCAGUACAAUACAGCCAUAGUAUGCCUCGGCAUUCUCCUAAUUCACUGAACUCUGUUAAGCGAAGCAAAGUUGUGGUGCCAAAAUUGAACGUUACACAUGUAAAAUUGUUAAUCCUUUUGUUUGCUGAAACACACGCUUCUGGAGUAACGUGCAUACGGUACCAGAGUUCUUGUUUUCGUACUUUUUGUUUACCUUUAUGAAUGCUGCUGUCAAGACUGUGCAUGUGAAAAAUGUACCCACAGGUUGAGCGUGUUUUUUGAAUGCACCAGACUGUGAAGAAAACUGCAGUCGCGUAUGUGACACGUCCAAGUGACACCAAUACCGAAUGGCACUUGCUGAAAAAGGUUCUCAAUUUGCGGUUUGUAGUAGUGUCUGUGCGUGUGUCAAGUAAGGGCUGUGAUGCUUGGUCACGUGAUGGUUGUUGUUUGCAGCGGCAGCUUCGUGCCAGAGGCUGGCCGGUUUUGUUGAAGUUUGUUCAGAGUUGAUCGCAUUGUUGAAGGAGCAGAGGGUCAAAAAGACAUUGUUUGUUGAUCGUCUGGCGCAAUGAAGUGCUUUGUCUUUGGACGUCGACAGUGUCGUUGGAUAAGGGCUUGGUGCAACUUGCCAGUUUUGGCAAUGGACUGGCUUUGGCUGGGACUUUGGGAGUUGCGAAAGUACGAGAGAGAGAGAGGGAAUCGGAUUGUCAUGGAAGUACUCAACUACUCACGGAGCUGUAGGCACAGCAGUGCGGUUGCUGUCGGGAGUUUAAAAUCCUCUUUUUUUUUUUUCUACCCUCCUUGUUUUGAGCGCUGGCGUAACAUACGGAACGGGAAUGAAUUCUCAGAGCAUCGUUUCGCUGCUACGAAGCGCUGUGAAUCUGGGUGACGUUUCUAGCUGGCCAACGCUAGCUUCGUCGAAACCCCCGAUACCUUCUGGCGUAUUUUCGCGUCGCCGACGAGACGUUCAGCCGAUGGCAUUGCGUCGUCGUUUCCGUGUGACCGCGCGUCUAGGUCUUGAGUUAAGCGUGAUGGUUUCCGAAGUGGAGCGCGUUUUUGCGAGGCUUCGCUUUGGGAGCAUUCCUCUUGCAAGGGUGCUACGAGCGGCCGACAACUGUCCGUGCUAGAGGCGUUCUGCUGCGAAGUGUGGGUGAUCUUGGCAUGUGGGUAUAUACAGGCUCGUAUAUACAUAGCUAUUUUCGGGUUCCUCUUGUGGUAUUUGAUCCACACUCAUGAUUUCAGAGUCUGCAUGCUUCCGAAUGCCUUUUUCCAGUGGAGUCUGUCUUAUAUUUUUUUUUUUUCUCAAGCACAAGCACUUUGCUAUUCCUUGGUUAACGGUACAGAUGUAGCAGGCUGAUUGCAGAGGCUUCACACAUUGGCUUUCCCGAUCGUUAAAAUUUUCGCCGCAGCCGGCAAAUUCUUGACGCCUCCCCCCCCCCCUCCCUUUUCGCUUGCAAGUCGCAUGCGGCUGCCGCCCGUUUCUUGGCUUAUGUUCUUCAUUGCCAAUGUGUCCAUUGUGACUUGUGGUAGAGCCCUUGUGAUCUUGUGGCGAGAACAUUGGAUCAUCCUUUAUGCAACCAAACGUGUUUAAGCGGCGGGUCAGGAGAAAGCAGGGUCGGUGUGGCCGGGAGCGUGUUCUUUGUGUAGGUGUUCUGCACACACGUUGCGGUAAUGUCGUUGCUUUCCUGGUUUUUUUGGGAUGUACAAAAGUAGUGCAAGUUUCCCGUCGAUCCUGCAUCGUUUCUGCAAGGACGCGAAAGAAACGGGGAAGUACUGGAACACUUACAAAAUGACUCGGUAGGAUGUGUACAUAAAGCACUCUUCUACAAAAAGACAAAAAAGUGAAAAAGAAAGGAUGAAAUGAAUAAAAAGCCUAAUGGAUUUGUCUGUCACCAUACUAGUUUCCUCAGCGAUAAAUGGGGAUUGCAAAUGAAAUCGCAGACAAAUGCAGGAAAAAGGUCUCGUGUUCGAGCAGUCUUUUUUUUUUGGUACAGGAUGGCGUUCAAGAGUGUGUCUGCAUUUAAAAAUAGUAGUCGCACCCACGCAUUGUGUGAAAGCAUUACCAGAGAUGGGCGAGGUCUUCAUCUUCAGAACGCCGUGAGGUCGUGCGUGAUGGCUGUGACACACCCACAUCGCAUUUUUCCGGCAUUAAGCAAAAGUUUGCCGGCAUGUCUUCGUGGUUUUUUUUUUCUUGCAAAAUUGGUGUUUUGAGCCCCCUGUCAUUGCAGUGGUCUGUAGGCGAGGCGAGUUCUUUCCUGGCAGAAUUCUCAUUGGUUCACUUAGUUUAGGUUCACCCAUUGUUGCUGCUUCCAGAUUGUGCUCAAGUCGGCCUUGAUGUGCAUUUCCGUGCGUGUAUGUGAUUCCGCUUAAAGCCCGCAUUCUGGAUGAAAGGUGGACAUCUGGAUUAAAGACUGUUGACUCUGCAACCACGUUCUUUAAAGUGAGUGGUGUUGCCGACUUCAGCUCCAAAAAUCUGAGCCACAAAGUUUUUAAAACAAGACAGGUAUGAAAAAAGAUUCGCCAACCUGGCCGAAGGUGCAUGGGUUUUCUGGAAAGCUUUAGUAGAUUCUUUAACAACUUUGUGGUUAUGCCUUAAAUGAAUAUAUUCCAUUUCUGACACCAUGAGCAGUCCAGUUUCAGUACAUUCUUUUUCUGUUGUGUGGAGUUGGUGUGGCACUUUAUUGUUGCUUCCUAUUUGAAAGGAUACCUGUAUGGGAGAAUUCUGGUAUGUUUGAAAAAACUGAACAUUUCCUCUCAAAACCGAGGAACAUCAGUCUUUUUGGUUAUCGUCAGAAUGGAGCAUUUUCACAAGUGUUUGUUCAUGCAUGCUUGGGCGAAACGAAAUCCGAGCUGGCCUUGGAACUGGAACUUGUUCUUAGGGGAGAAUGAAGGGUAGAGUGGAUGGAUUGACGAUGGAUCGUGCGUAUCGUUGCUUUGCAACAAAUGAAGUGCCAAGCGUCGCUUGUUCCAACAGACCUGGCACAAGUGUUCACUCGUGAACGUAUGCAACGGGAACUGUGUCGCAGCGCCCGGUAACAAUGUGCAACUGCGAGGGGGUUGGUGUUGGAGAGGCUCUUUCGUGUUCUGCCUGCGUGAAAGCACUGCCAUCUGAAGGUGUGUCGGAGGGGACAAGAGUGAUAGCCUUAGCGAUGCAGAGCUGGGCCUAUGCAAGUCUGAUGACCUGUUAGAAGGGCUAUUUGUUCACAGGUCUACUAACAGGUCUGUUCAACAGCAUCAGCCCACUGUGAGGUCACAAAUGACCCCACGUCAAGCUGCCGCUGUCCAUGCUGGAUUUACGCGAAAUAUGUCGACCUAUUUACAAUUGCAGUGGCUUUGCACAUCCCCAAAACGAGCCCUACCUUAGAUGUAUAUUGGGUUUUACUUUACCAAACAUUCGAAUACAGUAAUUUUUUUGCUAGACAUUGGCAUCGUAUGAAGCGAUGUUGGCACCUACGUUGUGGCUAUGAUUAGUAUGGAUAAAAUAUUGUGUUGUUAGGUGUUUAAUGGACAGCAUGAGCAUGCGUGUCAAGGAAGCCCUAAAAAUGGACCAGCAUGGGCUUUGUUAGUCUGCAUGUUUUAUUGUGCCGGCUUGGGGUGUAUACCCAAGCCGGCACUACGUUAAGCUUGCGUAGGUCCUGGCACAUUCCUGCUCGGCAGAUGGGGAGGAUCAGGAUGGCGCGAGAUUCACAGCUCGCCUAGCAUUGCGUGCCUCAAGACUGUUUUACAUUGCCAAUUCGUUCUAGCAACGUGAAUUUAAAAAAGAAAUUUCUCGCGAGUCUUGCCAUCCAAAGUGCACCCUGUCGAAUUUCUGUAGAAGCUUUAUUUUGGCCCUAAUUUUAACGUGCUCACGCGAAAUUCUUGGCGUCGCCAUUCCACAAGCGUUGAGCGGGAAAUGUCUAUGCGUUACGGUCGGAUGCUAUGGCAGUUUUAGAGCUUGAAAUUAUGACAUUCACUUUUGGGGAAGUUUCCUUUAAAACUGCCGCAUGACAAAAACAAGAGCUUCUUACAGAAUUGCAACAAGGCAUCGACAGUUUCCAUGAUUCAAAAAGGAAAUUACAGCUCUCGAUAGAACCCAAGGUUAGGGCUCCGUGUCAUGAGGCUCAAGAGCAGCUUGAUAAUUUAUGUCUUGUUCCGGGAUAUUGGCCCUCUCUGGAAUGCAAAGUGAGGGGUGCAGUGCAAAAAGAAAAAAAAAAUGAUUAUGGUAAGAGCCCUCUUGUACUUACACUUCUGAAUGCCUGUCCUCCUCUGUACUGACCAUGUGCCUGUUAGAACGGUAAAAGUACACCUCGCUAAAUUAUUUCUUCAAUCUCAUUUCGGCAAGUUUUGCCACGCUCCUGAUCCAUCAAGGUGAUCCCAGACUACAGUGCAUAGCCACUUCACCAGCACCGUCGAGCUGCCUUCGACGGUGUUCCCUUUUCCCUGAGGCAUAUUUCCGUUUUCGAGCUUGCCUACAUUUCACAAUACAUAUUCGAGCCUAAGAAGCAAUAGUGGAACUGCGGGGAGAUUAAAGUUAGUCUCACCACCAUUUGACGCAUGGCUGCACAUAAAAAACCGCCAAGAAUUGCUGUUUGAUGUGAUCGGCGUCCCGUUCCAGCGUCACUAAUUCUCCAGAUCCGGGUCGUUCACUUGGGAACGGAUACAAGCUUGCGAAUGCUACAUUGAUCGUUUCAGAAGUUCGUUGACGUGUCCGCUAAUUGAGCAUGUCCGCGGUAACGUGCGCAUGCUUUUGCUGCUGGAGCAGUAGAACGCAAGCAACAUUGGCGAGCCAGUUUCACUGCAUCUCUUGUGGUGCAUUCCAGUUCUUUGCUUACACAGCCGCUGCGCCACCUUCACCGGAAAGUGGGUGAAUUUAGUACCUUUCCGACCCAGAUGAAACUAUGAACACGCAAUGUUGGUGACAGAGCUGUCGGCUGUGCCAUCUAGGCGAGCACACGACAGAGCACAAAAAGUCGAGCGCUCAUUCAACAAGUGGUUGGACUUGCCGUCGCGUUAAAGGCUCCGUAAGACGCUUUUAACACAAUCAUCAUUGGCCUUUGAAAGAUGCAAAAAGCAAUGUGUACGAACAAUUACACCUGCUACCAUAAAACUACAUGUUGUACCAGCUGUCACGUGUUGUGACAUACUUUGUGCAGCGUCUCGUUGACAGCGAUGGUGGCGGGCUGUGAAAUAUUGGAUUUCUUGUCGAAUUGUCGCAAAUAAAACGUUUAGGGACUUAAUGGCUUUGGAUCCAUGCAGUUUCAUACUUCAACUGAGAAAAGGAAAGGCAUUCUUGCCUCCCCUGUGCUUCUUGCAAGCUUAGGAAUCGACAGUGUUCGCAAAACAUUCGGAAGACGAAGACGAAAAGAGCGCAUUUACAACAGGAAUGGCACCUUUCGCAUUUGUGUUUUGUGCGUUUUACGAGCACUGUUAAGAUGAGCCAACUCGCCAAAAUCGAGGUUUUGUCGCUUGGAAAUUGAGUAAGGGAGCUUUGUUCUCAGCAGCACACUGUAACGGCCCUUUGUAGCUCUGCACUACAAAAUGACUCCUGGGAGACACCAUUGUCACACCCAUCGGGAUUCCAUUGAAACAACCUUAUCUGCUAGGCUGGCAUGACCACAUGUCGGCUCAAAUUUGACAUUCGGGUAUUUUGCCACUGUAUGCCAAGGCUGUCUCCAACUUUAAUGCUAGUUGCAAGUUUUGAUGGGCUUUUCAGGCUCCAUUUGUCCAUAUUUUGCAAUGUUUUGCAAGGCUGUGUGAAACUUGUGACGUUGGAUCAUCCAUCUGGAUUCAAUCUGGAUUCUUCUGUAUUCUAUCUGUGUCAUUCAAAAUCAUCCGGAUUCUAUCCACAUUGUUAACUAUAGAGGCCGGCACGUGGCAGCACAAAGGCACUGACGUGUUCCCCAUCUCUACGAGCAUGCUGUAUUAACAUUUCAUCCCGGCCACUGUUAAACUCAGUGGGUGGGGCGUGUAUUCCAGGAGUUUUCAAAGAAGCUUUUUGGCACCAGUGUGUUUAAGAUGAAAUCUGUUCUGUGAGCUUGAACCUCAGUGUCACGCCUGAUUGUAUAAUACCAGAAUUUUCUUCUGUCUGUAAGAAGGCCACAUCGAAGUUCGUACGAACGCAUGAAAAAUAGGGUGGCGGUGCAUCUGUGAGAAAAAUUUUUUGCUACUGAAGACUCCUGUGUUUGGACGAGAUGCCACCGGCCUUGGCAGUGUGCAAACGCACCAUAGUGUGUGAAUCCUUUGUAAACAGUUGAAUGGAACCUGUUAUAGCGUCUAAACUAUGUACAACAACAACAAAAAAGGAGGAAUUUUUUCACACCUGCCAAUAUUGUGCAUGGUAAUGGUAUCUACCUGCUGUGGCACCACUUGCUCCAAGAGAAAUUGUGUGCAUUCUGUUUUGGGUGUCUGGCGGGGAAGCAUUGCCGAUCGCAGGUAGUCGCUGAACAUCGCAGUAUUGUCGCUAUCGUUUUUGUUGCGCCUAUGAAUGCUAUGUGUUGGGAGGAACACAUGUUCCCUUUUGUAAAAUCUUUAAGCUGUUGCCAGGUGCCACUGGCAUGCAAGAACUUGAUGUAGGCUACACAAAAUGUCUUUCUGACUUCGGUUACCGGCUGACUGUCUAAAUGAUAGCCCCUAGAGAAAGAGAAGGAACAUUAAAACGUCGCACAUUGCUUUUCUAAUCAGAGUUGUUUUCUGGCCUGCCUCAAACAACACAGCCAUUGUGGUGGGAUGUUUACUCCAAGGCAUGUUAUCUUGGCAUUUAGUUUUAACUAGUGUCAUAGUUGAACCUUCACUGACUUAAGGUGUGAUUACUCUAGUAAUUGAUUGACCCGUAAGAGUUGCAGCUUUUGCAAAAGUAACGAUCCUGUAAUGUUCGUAUCAAAUGGCUUAGCUCUGUUCAGUCUAUUCUGGCAAUUCAGGAGAAUAUUUUAUUGCAUGAAGCUGGUUUCUUGGUGCCGCGACCCAUGUAUUGAAUGAUGUGCGAUUUCUGCAUGUGUGGUAUGCUGUGUGCAUGUGCACGUUUCCCCCCAAAAUGUGCCGUUGUUAAGGCACAAUCAAAGUAUGCAUGUCGAUGUAUUUUUGUGACGUCUUUCUAAACCUUGCUGUAAAAAUUGUGGAAAACAAAAAAAGACGUACGUAUGCACACCUGUAUUGUGAUUGGACCGCCUGCUGAGGUGUUUGCUGAAGCUGUCGGAAGGAAUACAAAUUUUUGACAUGCGGAUUCAUAGUUACAAAGAAAAAAAAAAACUGUUACACAGCCCUGCUUUGGUUCGUCAGCGUGGUUGACGGGUAGGAAAUUAUUUAGUUAUAAGUUUUUUAUACACUAGCAUAGCUCUAUUAAGGAACAUUUUGUAGGGGUACGUUGGGCGAUCCCUUUUAGGGAUAUUGUCACUUUUGCGAAAUUUUGUGCGACUCAGUAUUGAGCACGCCGGCACACGCAGCUGACAGCAUUUACGACGCUGACAGGAAUACUGGCGCCUGUAUACUUUGACAGAUCUGAUGUCGAUUCCCGUUAAAUGUGUUGAACGCAAUUACGCAAGAAUUUUUCGAAGUCAGUUUAAGCUGGUAAAUUACCCUUGUCAGAUUAAGUUACCAUGUUUGACACACAAUAAGAACGUCAGCUAUUAUGGUCGAAAAGUAGUUUUUAAAAUAGUCCAUUACGUUAACUAUUUACGAUGCCAGAUUUUCAUGCACUGUGUAGCCUGCUAUCGGGAUGUUACAUCAGCCUGAUGUUGCAUAAGCUUGAUUUCAUUCUGAGUACCCGUCCCCAGCUCUAAAGCUAGAACAGGGCACUUGUAAUCGGAUGAGGCCUAGUUGCGGACGAAUAUUUACAACUAAAGGAAAAGGUAAUGCGCUUUGUUUCUGUGCCUAGCGUUUGCCACGUAAUGAUUGUGCACAGAGUCCUGUGGUUACUCUCUUCACGACUUCCUAAUAGUGUGACUACAAACUCUGUAACAUCACGAUUGCAGGCUGUUUAGUGGAUGUUUUACCGAGUCCGUGAGCCGCAUACACUCUGCCCGUUAACCUCGCUGGGUAUCUGCACUGUGCAUCCCUUCUUAGCGUUGGGCACUAUCCCCGCGUAUAUAUAUAACCGUCAUUAGACUGCACACGUUGAUGUUCUCGUAUCUUGACUGCCCCAUACUGACAAAGCUGUACUGUGAUAAUAUUAUAGGAAACUCCGUCUCGUGGAGAGCACUGGAGUUCCCCCAAACAUUUAAUCCUUCUCUCGAAUCCGUCUUGUCGUCACCACGCUGCCGUCCCAAUAGCCUCGCCACGCGAGAAGAGCGCAGCGUCUGUCCGCUAGCACAAGUUGUGCCUCCGUGUGCACGCUGCGAAGCAACUUUGCGUACCUUCUAUGCACCAUCUGUCUGUAAUGGCGUUGCGUGCAUAAAAACGCCUCGUUUCACACAGUGCGCAAGAGCAGAACCACUGCGCAUGCCCUCUGUGCGAAACGUGGCAUUCUCACACGCGCGACACCGUUAUGGACGCUGUGUAGGCAGUACUUAAACUCGCUCGCAUCGUGACGUUUGGAGACUGCUUAUGACUCGGCACCCGGGGCUGUGAUGCACUUUGGUUUGCAUGGAUGGCGUUCUUCUUGAAUCUGUGGCGAGGGUGUUGCGCGACUUUGCUUUUCCCGAUGAGUACGCAGAGCCCUUGUAUGGUUCAGUGACGGUGAAUGUAGUUGUGACUGUUGUUGUACAUCUUGGCUAUGCAGUAGGUACUCUUGAACCUCUAUGUAACGAAUUACCUGAUAUAAUGAAGUAGCCUAAAUUUUUUUUUUUGCAUUAUGUAAAGUAUGCACGCUUAUAGCAAAUAUCAGACAUGACUAAGGUGCAUUCGUGUCGUAUGCAACGUUAAGACGGGACUGGACUUUUACGCGAGUUGGUUCUUCCACAUUACUGAUGUUAUACUUGUUUUUGACUUCUGAAAGCACCUGUAUUUACCUUAAUGUUGUGGUGGGACCGGUGUACAGAAAGGGACACCUGUGCAUUUGCGUAACAGUAUUAAUGACCCCAUCUGCUCUGUGGAGGUCAAAAUUCGUGUGCUCUCUUUACGGUCAGGCGUUUACAGCACUAGUGUGUCUCAACAUCAUAACUUUAAACUGGCACACUGUACCCUGCUGCAUCCUCAGUGCUCACUACUGCAGGGUGAUGACAGUAUUGAUUCCGUUGACAUUUGAUCUUUUGUACGAUUUUGACUGGUCUCACUGAGUGUGCCAUUAAUGUUGGGUACAUAAAAAAGGCAUUAAUCUCCAACCCAGCUGUAAAAUACAAGGGCUUUGCUGCUACAUCAAGUUUUUUGUGUCGCAUCGGCAGUUUUUUCAGUGGGCUUUCAACUGGUUUCUAUUGAGUCUUUACUGUCACAUACGAUCGGUGUUGCCAUUGCGCAUUUUGAAGCACUUCCUCGCGAUGCCACUAAGUUGUAUGUGUUCUACAUUUGACUGCUGUACCUGUUGCAUGCAUGGUGUGUGUGCGUGUGUGUGUGGCUGGAUGUGUGUGUGUGGCAUUACAGCAAGUGGUUGUAAUGUGCAACUAUAGAAGCAUGUGUAUGUGACAAAAGCGAUGCUGCACGAAUGACACCUGUUCCAUUUGAUGCAAAUCCUUGUCGUUGCACCGUUGCCCUGCAUGCCAUUUGACGUCGACAACGAUCAGGUUCUUGGCGAGCUGUUUCAUCUCGCUAAUCAAGCAAGCAUUCACGUAGUACUAUUUCUGAACUAAUCCACUGCUCAGCACUUUCCGCAAGGGUAGAGGCCCUGGAACGCUUUUUAAGCUCGACGAACAGACCCACUUCAUCAAGACAGAGCUAAGCUUUAUGCACAGCAGUUUCAAAUCUUUCUUGUGCUGGUAUUUUCAAGGUACAGCCAUUGUUGAUCCCAGCUUUCUAGUUCUGGCUUGCAAGUUGUGGCGCGUUGUGGGAAGUUAAUGUCGUGACACUGUUCUUUUGAUGAGUUGUGGAGCCUGCUCAGAAAAUCGGCUUUGCGUCUUAUGGUGUGGCAAACUUCUUGUUUUGUGUGAUGUAUGUAUCAUUUUUCUCGUGCUUCGAUUGACAGGAAUGGAUGCAUGCUAUGGACUUGCUUGUUGGUCCGUGUGUCAUAGUUCGUUUGAUUGCCCAGCACCCAUGGCGUCUCCUACGACGGUGGACAAAGUCAUUUUAGCUACUGUAAGCCCAAUCAGUGGCUCGGAGUGCCUGAAUUUCUCUCGGAACGUUGGAAGAAUGGUGGGGCCACAGCAGAAUACCAUGUGACCACGCCCGAAACAUGCUUGCAGGUUGUUGGUUGUAGCGUUUCCUAUGUUUCAGCCCCUGAAACUUGUUCUUUAAAUAUCAACGCUAGUUGAAACAGGUCUUGAGUAAACCUUGAGGGCAUUGAACUCUGGCUGUAAACAACAGCAAGCUGUUUUGAGUUGACCCCUGAAGUUGGGAAGCGUGCAGUGUGUGCCGACUGCUUACCUUGUAGUCCAUGCCUCCUUUUGUUGGUACAAAAUUACUGCCGAGGAUGUGUUAAAAUGUUUAAACAUACGAGGGUUUGCAUGCUUCGUGCCUUUUCUGCGUCUUGCAUUGAAAAAAAAUCAAACUAGCCUGACAUCACCGAUUACCUUCUAGCAUUGUACAAGUGUUCUGAUGUUUGCCGUGGUGAUAUGCUGAUCAUGUCUUGGCUGCAAAAGUGUUCUCUCAGUGACCAGGUCUUGGAUUGAGCAGCAGUGCUUCUUGUACAAGGAUGCUGGGUGGUAUGUUUUCGACGCUCACGAUGGGGUGUUAACGGCGUCAGUACUCUACGUUUUGGCCUGUCUGGUUCUAUCUGGGCAGACGAUGGUGUUGGGACUUGUCUGUUUUUUCCUUUUUGCGUAUAUUCGAACACAUGCAUGUGAGGAAGCUUGUGCGAUGUUUCUCUUUUUUUAUUAUUUCUGCUGUUUCGAAGAGAUGUGAUUGUUAAUGUAGUGAAAAAAUGUUCUUGUAGGCAGGUUCGUUGCUUGAAACUCGUUUGGUCGAACCCUCUUCUUGUAAAGUUCUCGUCCCGUUGCACGUUCCUUAUAUAGAGCAUGACAGAACUCUGUUUUUGCAGCAGAAAUGUGGACAGUGGACGUGUCUUCCUUGCAGUGGCCGAAGGUGAAACAAAAACAUUGUGAAAAGGCAAAAAAAAAAAAAGUGUAGCGGUGAUGUACAGGGCGUCCAUUUUCGGGGAAACAUCACAUCACUAUUGAAAAGAGCUCAUAAGGGCUGGAAUUUUCAGAGGCUGCUGACAAACCUAUCCUUCAUAAACAUCCACAUCAGGCAUCAUAUCGGUCUUAUAAUUACGCUGAGAAACCAAAAAAAAAAAAAUUCGCACUCCAUAGGUACUGACGAAAACCGACAUUCACAAAACAACUCUUAUUUGCUGUCCGCUGUUGGCUAUUGCAAUGUCGGCUGCAUUGACCUCGUCAUGCUAACUUGAGUGGCAGCCGCUUGCAGGCCAGGCAGUGAAAAAGCAUUUCUAAGAAUAGUUUUGUAAAUGCGUGACUGGCUGUUUUCCCCGUGAAUGUGAAUGACCCCCGUACGUGUUUCAACAACAGUAGAACCUCGCGGCGUUAAGUGUGCGAUCGUAUUCGUUCCAUUGAGGAGCGGGAGGCUUCUGUACAUACGAAACCUUAGGCGAUCAGUGAAACGGGGGAGGGCCGGAGCAGUACCAUUGGUCAGUUGUAGUUUUGCCUCGCGCACCAAUGGGAGCACGGAAAAAAAAAAAAGUAUGGCGGCGACGGGAGUUAAGCAGGUGUGUCCUUUCUUCUUGAAUGUUGUUUUUACUGCCUCAGCUGUGAAUUGCCAAGGCCUGUGUUGUUUGUACUAGUAAAGAGUAUCUGUGCGUUUAUUCUCUAGGAUGAGCAUUGCGGCCUCCCCUACAGGUGGCGGUGGGGUUGGGGCUUGGCCUGCUACAAGAGCAAUCAGUUUUCUCGUGAGUUUGUCUCGUUGUUGGGCGCCUUCGUUUACGUGUCCGAGGGAUCGUCAGCAAACUCGUGUAUGUGCGUUAGUUAGACAGCGCGCGGUGAAUUUGAUCGACAGGGGGAAAGAGAAACACUUCCAUGCCUCAUCCGUAAUGUCGCCCCCAUGACUGAACUUGGUUUUCCCGACAGAAGACAAAGUAAUGCAUCGCUCUUUCUUCUUUCCCACGACCCUUUAUUCUUUGGGUGCUCGGUACACUACAGGAUGCGAUUUGCAUCCAUCGCUGCUGUGCUCACGGGGCAAUCCUGUCGGGAUUAUUGCUCGUAAUUUUAUAGAACCAGCAGAGACACGACUCGGUAAAAGACGACGACCGAAAGCGUCGUCGAUCGAGUCGGCUCAAUGCGACACCGUCGCAGGUUGAGGCAACCGUCCAAAAGCUAGCAGGCGACCAUUUUCUGCAGCUCUCUAUGUGUUUACACUGUCGGUUUCAAAAAGGUGGCGCCCCCUCCCUCACCAAUGGUUGUCAGCUGCGGGCCGACAGGUUGCCUGAAGCCUGUACCAGUGUCGCAUGUCCCACCUACCAUCGCCUGCUUUUUACAGGGGAAAAAACGACAAACUUUUCGCAGCAACUUAACAUUUUGACAAACAUGGGGACAAAGAGCCAGCGUUAAAAAAAAAAUGUGCAUGACAACACAACCUCGGACCGAUUCUGUUCGGUCGUUUAGAAAAAAAACGAAAGACACUGUUGGAUUUCCAUAAAUAAAGACAAACUUCAUUA